AUGUCGUCGCCAACUCACGUCAUAGUCAUCGGCGCUGGCCUUGCCGGCCUCGUCGCCGCCAAAACUUACCUCCAAGUCUCCAAGCAACUCGGUCGGCCAAUUGAUCUAGUCAUCCUUGACAAUGCAAGCGGACCAGGCGGCAUAUGGGCGAAUGAUCGCCUUUACCCGGGAUUGAUGCUCCAGGGUCCCAAUGGCUUCUACGAGAUGUCAGACUUCUCAAUGGUCGACGAUGAACACCCCCGGUAUUCGCUCGUUGCAGGGCCCAGAGUUCAAGCAUAUCUCGAAGCCUAUGCCCGUAAGUUCGAUGUCUACGACAAGAUUCGGUUUUCAACGACGGUCGUCAAGGCUCGCCGACGGGUGCCGCCUUCUCCGCCGGGGUGGACUGUGCUCACUUCUGCUGGUGAGAUAUUAGAGUGUCACAAACUUAUCGUUGCGACCGGAUUGUAUUCGACGCCCAGAGCCAUUCCUCUCCCAGCAGACCAUUACAAAGGCACGUCAAUCCACUCACGCGAUUUAGGCAAGAUGCACGAAAACAUCUCCGAAGAUCCGACGGUGAAAGACGUCGUGGUCGUUGGCGGAUGCAAGUCCGCCGUGGAAGCAUGCGCUGCCUUCCUCGCUAGCGAAAAGCGUGUCCACUGGCUCGUCCGUCCAUCAGAGCAAGGCGCACCAAUGCUCAUCUUAGACCUUGAAGCAAGGCCCAAUCCUCUCGAAAUAUCGCUGACGAGGCUCCUCUCAGCCUUCUCCUCUUCGCCCUGGAACACCAAUGGAUUUUGGUAUCGCUUUUUACACUCCGGGUCGUGGAGCCUAGGCACAUGGCUGGUCAACACCGUUUCAAAUCUAAUGACGAAUGUGGUCUGGAAGGAUGCGCAUUACGAUAAGAGUCAAAAUACGAGGAAGCUCGAACCGAAGCGGAAGUCAAUCUACUUCUAUAUACCCUACUUGAGUACGAUCAACAAGGGCCAUCCGUUUCUGGAGGCGUUGCAGGAGGACAAUCCUGAGAAGGUGACUGUCUACCGUGCAAAGCCGUUGCGUUUAGAAGGAAGGGAAGUCGUUAUCGAUGAAGAGGGAGAGGGACAAAGACGUCUUCCGGCUGAUGCUGUCAUCUGGUCUAUAGGCUGGGAGCCAGGGCUUGAUUACUUUGAACCGGAAGAAGCAUCGCGCUUAGGUCUCCCUGUGCCUACCCAUCCCAGUAGCACUUCUAUCAACAAAUGUCGGGAGACAUCAACAAUGGCAAAUGGAGAACUCCGGACCCGAGCCACUGUAACUCCGGUGACCUCGUCUCUACCAUCUCGAGACUUCUACGACCGUCAGAUUCGAGCACUUUUCCCGGCAACGCUGAAUCAGACUCCUGCUCAACCGCAAGAUCCUGCCACCGCCCUCGCGCACACCCGAUGGGGUCUUUACCGCUUAACAAUUCCCUCGCAACAUUUCGCAACAGGUGACCGUACGCUCAUGUUUGCCGGGCUCAUUUCCUCUGCUCAAACAGCUCUGACAUCCGAGUUGUCUGCACUCUGGGGCAUCGCAUGGCUCGAGGAUCUGUUCGUGCAGCCACCAAUGCCUCUCCUUGACCACGCAGACGCGGAUAGAUUGACCAUACCGUCACCGUUGGGACCAAAUUCAAAGAACACAAAGACCUGUAGUUCUUUAUCGCCCGAAGAUCUCAAAUUGCUCGCCGAUGCGGAGAUUUGCAUGGGUCAAGCCUACCAAGAGCGCCGAUAUGGCCUUCGUGGGGCAAGUUCCCCGUCUUUGCUCACCGAGGCACAAAACUACCUCGACCUCCUCUGCCAAGAUCUGGGGAUUGACUGGCAGCGUAAGCGGACGCGAAUGCGCCAACGGGACGGUGGAGUGGUGCCGAUGGAGAAGAUCGGCUGGUUGCAGUGGAUGAAAGGCUGGUGGUGGGAAUACCUCGAACCCUACGGCGCGGCAGAUUACAGGGGAAUCAUAGAUGAAUUUCUGAGGAACAGAGAACAGAAGUUGAAGACGAAAGAAUGGAUACUGGGACGAGGACAGGCUGAAGGAGGCAAACGGAGCCGCGACCCACUCUCUUCCACUUUGGAGUAG